UUCACCAAGAUGUCUCGGCAGCAGAUAGUGACGAUCCUUGCAAUGUCAUGUACUUACGUCAGCUCAGGUUUAUGCUAUUCCGUUCUGGGCCCAUUUUUUCCGAAAGAGGCUGAGAAAAAAGGGGUCAGUCAAACUGUAAUAGGUCUCAUAUUCGGAUCCUUUGCCUUCUUCACUUUGGUGGGGUCAGUGAUACUGGGUAAAUAUAUUGCACACAUUGGAGCCAAAUUUCUUAUAGUUGCAGGACUGUUUAUAUCAACUGGAUGUACAAUACUCUUUGGCAUUCUCGACAGGGCUCCUGCAGGAACGACGUACAUAGCGCUCUGUUUUGUUACACGCUCAAUAAAUGCCGUUGGUUUUAGUGGUGCACUCACAGCCGUCAUGGCCAUUGCGGCAAAAGUUUUCCCCAACAACAUAGCUACUGUUAUGGGUAUACUGGAGGCCUGCACAGGCCUCGGGCUUAUUUUGGGGCCACCAGUAGGUGGAUGGUUAUACCAGGCAGCCGGAUAUGAAAUCACGUUUGUGGUUAUAGGAUGUAUAAUGUUUUUGACAAUCCCCCUCAACAUGUAUGUUCUGCCAGUUUUGAAUGCGGAUGUCUCACAUGGCUCUUACCUCAGGCUAUGCACCCGAAUCAAAAUCCUUUCUGUCAGCUUUGUGGUGUUCAUGCUCAGCUCAGGAAUUGGCUUUCUGGAUGCAACACUGUCCAUAUUUACCAUUGACAAGUUUGGCAUAAGUCCAGGAACUGUGGGGUUUCUAAUGCUUGGGAUGUCUUUACCCUAUGGAUUAACAUCACCGGCAUUGGGUAUAAUCAGUGAUAAAUAUCCAUUUUCAAGGAAGUGGAUGAUGUUUCUCGGUGGAGUUGCAGCGACAAUUGGCUUUUGUUUUCUUGGUCCCCUUCCAAUUUUUCAUAUUGAAAGUCAGCUGUGGCUUGCUGUCGUCAUGCUGAUCCUCAUUGCGCUUUCUUUAGCUGUGACUCUUGUCCCCACAUUUGCUGAGAUGCUCACCUAUGCAUAUGAAUAUGGAUAUGAAGAAAACCUAAGCACUCUCGGUUUGGUAUCAGGAUUAUAUACUGCAGUGUGGUCUGCAGGGACUUUCUUUGGGCCCAUAGUUGGUGGGUAUACUACACAGAGGCUGGGUUUUGAAUGGGCUGCGGGAGUCCAGGGAGCUUUUUCCUUUCUUGCUGUAAGUAAGAAAGAAUGA